GUACUUUCUGCAGCGGGUUAUCAAAAUUUCGGAUUUUUGGAACUUCUAAUAACUAGUGAUUAUUUUCAUUACAAAAGCUUACAAGCGUGCAGAAUGAGCCAAGCAAAAUUGUUGACUGCGGCGUUCACUAAGAUUCCUCAUUAUGAAGAACAUAUCGCUGUUCAAAAUCUGCCUUUUUCAGUUGAUCCUAUUUUAUUGGAAUCAGAUUAUCAGCUUGUUUUACCACCAUUAGUUACUGAUAAAUGCACGGUAUCACAACAAAAGUGUGAUUCCAAAAACAUAUUACAACGUUUAACCUCUCGUCGAAAAGAAAAACAUAAGGACCGGUUGAGACGAUGGCAUGAAAAGCUUUCGGAAAUUAGCCAAAAUAUUGAAAACCAAGUAAAAGAAUGUUGUGAAACUACUGCUGACUUAUUAAAUACUAGCUGGGAAAGACAAAAUCAAAUGUUAAAUGCAAGUCAGUCUGAUGAACAUUUAUUGAACUUGGAAAUAUCUGAUUUAGACUGUAAAUGGAAUCAAGUUGAUCAUGAAUAUAUUCAACGUAGAAAUGAAAUUAAUCAUUUAGAAAAUCAAUUAUAUUCAAUUGAAAAUAAGCGAAUUAAUCAAAUAAAACAGGAAUUUCAUGAAUUGACAGAUUAUUUAAGUAAAUAUUCACAUUUAACACCAAAUGAAUUACAAAUUGUAUUACAAAAAGAAAUCUUUACAAUUGAUAUUGAAUUAUUGGAAAAUCGUCGUGAAUUAGCUAAUCUAAUUAAAAAUCUUCAUCUUGCUGAAUUAAUGCAUCAUCGUUUUACUAAUCUUACAUGGUCUGAACAACGUAAUCGUUGGCAAAUCAUAAAUAUCAAUGAAGCUGUACAUAAAUUUCGAAUUUGUCUUAAUGAUGAGAAAUUCCGGUAUCCUAAUGAUGUCAAAAUAAAGAUAAAUGAUUUAACAACAAACAUAACUGAAUUUGAAAAGCAAAAAGAUAAUCUGAUUAAUGAAUUAUGUGAAAAUUUGGUACCAUCAAAUAAUAUGGAAGAAUUUCUAGAAAAUUGGGAUGUUAAAAUUAAACAGUUAUUUACUGAAUGGGAUGAAAUGAAUCAAAACGCUUUGAAUUCCAUAUACAAAGCUUAUGAAGAUAAUUCACAACAGUGUAUUGAUCAAAUCCAACAGAUGAAAAAUCAAUUGUUACAUCGUAAAUUGAUCAACUCAAUGGAUGAAAUUGAAAAUUUAAUUAAAGAAAAUUGUAUCACCAUUUUAGGUGAAUUACAAAGUCAAUUUGAAAAUAAUUUAAAUUAUCUUGAUCAUUGUUUCUCAUGGUGUUUAUCUAUAUGGUUAAAUGAAUGUAUUCCAUCAUUAUUAAAAUUUAGUCAAAUCCUAAUUCAAUUAUGGCAAUUCUAUGCUCAUCUACCUAUUGUUCAUUUAAAAAAUGAAUUAAACUUUAAUUUACUUAAUAUAAAACAAGUAGUAUAUGAUGAAAUUUUAAAAAAAGAUGAAUUCAUUAAUUCAUUAAUUGAUUUAUUAAGACAAAGUUCAACAGAACAAAUAAUUAAUGAAAAAUUACAAGAAGUAAUUAAUUUAUUCAAUGAAAUUAGCGCAAAUUACAAAUCAUUAUAUGAUAAACAAUUACAAUUUCUAGAUACAUAUGUAAAACAAAUAACUACGGUUAUCGAUUUAUGUGAAACUGCUAUUUGCAGAUUUUUCGGUGUAACCCAUUGUACAAAACAACAAUCUUUACAUUUGGAAAAAAAACUAAAUCGUCAAACACCAAUCAAUAACAUAAUUACACUUGGAUUUGAACAAUAUAUUUGUAUACAACAACAACAACGACAAUCAUCACCAUUACCACCACAGCAACAGCCAUCACCAUCACCACAACCACCACCACCACCGCCACAACAACAACAAUUCGAUGAAAAUCCUUCUAAAUUAAAUCAUAUUUUCUAUUAUAUAAAACAUCAUGAUAUUGCUAUAGAUGAUUUAAUUAAAUUUUUACAAUCAGAAAUGAAAUCUAAUUCUACAUUGAAUAUAUUUAUUGAUUAUUUAAUUAAAAAUAUUCAAUUAACCGGUAUUAUCACUGGUAAUGAAAUCAAUAAUUUGAAUCAAAUCAAUAAUAAUUUAUCAAUUAAAUUCAUUAAAAAAUCAAUAAAAUCAGAUCAUACAAAACAUAAUGAUACUCAAUUAUUGAUUAUCAAUAAUAAUAAUAAUAAUAAUAAUAAUAAUAAUAAUAAUGAAAAUAAACCAAUUACUGUAAAUACUUAUGUAACCGAUUAUAUUCAACCAAUUAAAAUUGAAAAAUGUUUAAAUCUAAUAAAACAUGUUAAAGCAAUCGUUCGUAUAAAAAUAUUAGAAUAUUUGGAACAAUGGAAGAAUACAACCAUAUUAACCAUAAAAGAGGAAGUUAUAGUUAGAAAAACUGAAAUAGACGAUGAAUAUCAACUGCAACUCAAAUUGCAUGAACCACGUAUUCGUCGGGUGAAAGAAGAUGUAGCAAAUGUAAGAUUAACUGAAUUAAUUUUCCAUCAAACACGUAUUGAACGACAUAUAACCUCAGUGAAUUUAAUAUUAAAUGAAAUGAAAAUUAAUUCAACUAAAAGUUUAAUUGAAACAUUAAAUAAAUCUGAAGAACAAAUGAAUGAAGCAAUUCAACAAUCAAUUGAUUCAACUAUUAGUAAAGCAACAAAAUCAUCAACAUUAUUAUUAUUACGAAAACGUGUAGAAAACUUUGCUGAAUCACAUACUCAAUGUGUACGUCAAGCAUUGAAAGAGUUUCGUCAAAAUUUUGAAAAUCAAAUACAAACUUUAAACAAUUCCAAUUUAAAAUUGAUUGAAUCAUUAGAACUUUUUAUUGAUGGAGGUAAUUUUUCAACUAUUGAAGCCAAAAAAUAUACAAUUACAUUAAAUCAAUUAAGUAGAACAAUUCAAUUAUUUGAAGAAGAAAUUAUUGGUCAUAUAGAAUCUAUUGAAAAAGAACGUCAAUUAAUAACUGAUAAUAAAUUGAAACAAUUUGAAACUUAUUUAAAACCAUUUAUAGCUGAUGUUAUUUAUAUGGAGAAUAUGAUACGUUGUAUAACUAAUACACAAGUACAAAUCAAAGCACAAACUGAAGAUAGUUCAAGUCAAUCAAAAUUAUUAAUCGGUCAAAUUGAACAAUUUCAAUGUUUAUUAAAAUCACUGAAUGAAACAAAUCAAAUUCUAUCAAAUACAUUAUUGAAUAUAACAUUAGCUACUACUACCAAUACUACUACCAAUACUACUACUACUACUACUACUACUACUACUACUACUAAUAAUAAUAAUAAUAAUAAUAAUAAUAAUAAUAAUAAUAAUAAUACAUUACAACAAUUAGAUAUGGAGGAGAGAAUCAUGCAAAAAGAUUUAAGUAAUAAAUCAAUUGAAUUACUGACUAAAAUUUGUAUUAAUGCAUCAGAUCGUUGUGUAUUUUUAAAUUGUCUACGUAGUCAAUAUGUCAAUGAUGAUUAUGUUGCAACAACUGAUUCAAAUGAAUUAUCCUAUGAGAAUAUGAUUGGAAAUAAUAAAGAUAAUUUAACAUUGAAUAAAACAAAACUACAAAUGGUAUCACAAAAUCCUUCCAUAAAUAUUCAUUCCAUUAAAACUGAACAAAUUAAACAAUCAACUAAUCAAUCAUCAUCAUCAUCAUUAUUAACUAAUAUGAAUAUACAAAAUGCAUUACAAAUUAGUCGACCAGGACGAUUAUUUACUGAUGAUUCAUGUAUUCAACUUAUACAAAAUAUAUUCAAUGAACAUAAUUCAAUUGAUGAGAAUAAUAUAGAGAAAAUGAAAAAUAUUACACCAAAUCAAUUGAUUGAUAAUACAUCUAAACGUAAUGAUAAUAAAUCAUAUGAAUCGACUAAUCUGAAUAGUAAUAACAAUAACAACAAUAAACAAGUAUUAUUGGAUGAUAAUCAAAAAUUAGAAACACUCCCAGUUAAUACAUCAAUAAAAAGUCAUCGAGGUAAACGUGAAAUGAAUAGUUCAACCACAAAUGGAAUUGUACCUAAAACUAAUAGACGAAAGAAAAAUAUACCACAUACAACUACAAAUAAGACAGUUGUAAAACAUAAUCGACCUCAAGCAUAUUAUGAUGUAUUCGGUAAAGAUGUAACAUCUUUAGAAGAUUCUGUUGAAAUUUGUAAUUCAAAUAUGAAACAAAUCAAUAUUGAACAAGUAACAUAUGUUGGUCGUAUUCAAAAAAUAUGCCGUGAAAAUCUUCAUAAUGCAUUACAUUUAUCUGAAAAUUAUUAUCGACAAAAAGGUAUUCGACAGCCAACACAUCCAGAUUUUAUCAAAUCUACAUUUGAUGAUGCUGCUAAUACUAUUGUUACAAAUUUAAAAACACUAUUCACUGAAGCAGAAUUAUAUCGUAAUUCAUGUGUAAAAGAAUUUUCUGAACAACUGGAUAACAUUGAACAAUUAGCAAGUCAGUUACCAUGUUUAUUAUUUGAACAAAUAGUUAAUGAAAUUAAAUUGUAUAUAUUACAAGAGAUGAAUAUCCAUCAGAAUAGAAUACAAUUUGAUUUAAAUCAAUUAAAUGAAUUACGUAUGAAAUAUAAUAAUCAACUUCGAUUAGAACUAUGUAAUUUAAAAAAUCAAUAUCAAUUAAUGAUUUUAUUAAAACAAGAAAAUGAACGUCAAUUAAAUUUUAUUAAAUUAAUUAAUCAAUUAAAAAGAAUUAAAUUACAAAUUAUUCAUAAAGGUAGACAAUUAUUUAAUCAACGUUUAUCUUAUUUAACGGAUUAUUUAUUUAUUCGAUUAGAUAGUUUAAUUGGAUCAGAUCAAAUUGAUCAUCCAGACAAUAAUCAUGAUUCUACUAAACCAAAGAAAUUAAUGAUUCAUAUAUUAGAUAAAUCAUUAACUCAUUUAAAUGAUAAUCAAAUAUCUUCAAAUGCUAAAGAAGAUCUAGAUCGUGGUAAACGAACAUGGGAAGGUGUAAAAUUUUCUGAACUUAUGAUACAAACAAAUGAUCAUUUAGAAUCAAUGAACAAUUUAACAAAAUUCAAUUUAAACAAACCAUUAAAACAAGAAAAACAAUCCAUGUUAAAAAGUUCACGUAAUAAUUUAAAUAAUAAUUCUACAGAAUUACAUAAUACUAAUCAAGAUGAUAAUUAUUGUAUAGUUAGUGCUAAAACUACAAAAGCUCAUAUGUCCACAUUAAAAUAUCGUGAUAUUGCUGUUGUGGAGUUUCGUUUAUUUACUCAAAAUUUAUUAGAAUUAAUAGAAAUGGAAUUUAUUCAUGCAAUAAAAGAUAAUGAUAAACAUAAACAACAAUGGAUAGAAAGUGUAAAUCUUUUUAAUAAAACUUAAUUGAAUUAUAUAAAAUAGUGAUUAUACAUUGUUCACAUAUACUUGUAUAUCAUUAUAUAUAUAUACUCAGUAUAUUUUCA